AAAAAACCCUCACAAACCCUAUAAAACCCCCACCACCCCCACCACCACCACCACCUCUCUCCUUCCUCAACCACCAUGUCAGCACCACUACUAUCACAAACCCAUCAUAGACUCCCAACCCAUCGUCCUUUCCUCUUCCCUGAAACCCAUUCCACAGUCCUUCCCGAUCCAUCCCUCUUCUUCUCUCCCACCCUCCUUCAAUCCCCUCUGCCCACCAAUUCAUUCUUCCAAAACUUCGUCCUAAAAAAUGGCGAUCAACCCGAAUACAUCCACCCCUACCUCAUCAAGUCCUCUCUCUCUUCCCUUUCUCUCUCCUACCCAUCUCAGUUCUCCAACUCUUCCUUCUUCUACCAAGUUUUCAACCCCGAUCUCACCAUCUCUGCUUCAAAUAACCCCAACCCAAGGUCAACCCAUGUUGUCUCUUCAUUCAGUGAUCUCAGUUUGACCCUUGAUCUUCCUUCUACUAAUCUCAGGUUCUUCCUUGUCAGGGGAAGCCCUUAUUUGACCUGUGUUGCUACCCGGGGCGUCGCGGUUUCGAUAUCGACAAUUCAUGCCAUUCUUGAGUUCAAUUCUAAUAGUUCUCUCACCAAAUACACUAUUAAGCUUAACAAUAACCAGUCUUGGCUUAUUUAUACUUCUUCGCCGAUUAAUUUGAGUCAUGGCCUUUCUUCCAUUACUUCUGGUGGGUUUUCUGGCGUAAUUCGGAUUGCGAUUUUGCCAGUUUCUGACCCGGGAUACGAAUCGAUCCUUGAUCGGUUCAGUUCUUGUUAUCCGGUAUCGGGCGAUGCAGUGUUUACUAAGCCAUUUUGUUUGGAAUACAAAUGGGAGAAGAAAGGUUGGGGAGAUUUGCUCAUGCUUGCCCACCCUCUCCAUGUUCGGCUUCUUUCGGGUAAUGAUUGCGGUAUCACUGUUUUAGAUGAUUUCAAGUACCAAAGUAUUGAUGGUGAGCUUGUGGGUGUUGUUGGAGAUUCAUGGGUAUUGAAAACUGACCCUGUUUCUGUUACUUGGCACUCAAUUAGAGGUGUCAAAGAAGAAUCAUAUCCUGAAAUUAUUGAUUCACUUAGGAGAGGUGUUGAUGCUCUCAAUUCAAGGACAAUAUCGACAACAUCGUCUUAUUUUUAUGGGAAAUUGAUUGCAAGAGCCGCAAGGUUGGCAUUAAUUGCUGAAGAAGUGUGUUAUGUUGAAGUAAUCCCAGCUAUCCGAAAGUUCUUGAAGGGUACAAUUGAGCCAUGGUUGGGUGGAACUUUUGAUGCGAAUGGUUUCUUGUAUGAUGGAAAGUGGGGUGGGAUUGUGACUAAACAGGGAUCUGUGGAUUCAGGAGCUGAUUUCGGGUUUGGAAUCUACAAUGAUCACCAUUAUCAUCUGGGUUACUUUCUAUAUGCAAUUGCAGUGCUUGCAAAGAUUGAUCCAGUGUGGGGGAGAAGGUAUAGGCCUCAAGCAUACACGCUUAUGGCGGAUUUUAUGACCUUGGGCAGGCAAGCAAAUUCGAAUUAUACUCGUUUGAGGUGCUUUGAUUUGUGGAAAUUGCAUUCUUGGGCUGGAGGACUGACUGAAUUUGCAGAUGGGCGAAAUCAAGAGAGCACAAGUGAGGCUGUGAACGGGUAUUAUUCAGCGGCGUUGAUGGGGUUAGCUUAUGGGGACACCCACCUUGUUGCCAUUGGAUCGACACUCUCUGCAAUGGAGAUUCAUUCGGCUCAAACAUGGUGGCAUGUGAGAGAGCAAGAUACUUUGUAUCCAAAAGAUUUUACAUUGGAGAAUAGAGUGGUGGGAGUUUUGUGGGCUAAUAAGAGGGACAGUGGUCUUUGGUUUGCUCCACCUGACUGGAGGGAAUGCAGGCUCGGAAUUCAGCUACUACCAUUAUCGCCAAUAAGUGAGGUUUUAUUCUCUGACGUUGGUUUUGUGAGAGAGCUUGUGGAAUGGACAUUGCCAGCCUUGGCAAGGGAAGGGGUUGGAGAAGGAUGGAAGGGAUUUGUGUAUGCCUUGGAAGGGAUUUAUGACAAAGAGGGUGCUUUGAAUAAGAUUAGGAACUUGAAUGGGUAUGAUGAUGGGAACUCGCUUACAAAUCUUUUAUGGUGGAUUCACAGUAGAGGUGAUGAAGAAGAGGAAUGUGAUGGGGGAGGGAAGUUCUGCUGGUUUGGUCACUACUGUCAUUAAAAUGAUCAAUUUUGUUGGUUGUCUAGGUUUGUGUGUAUGGAGGGUAGUCUUCAAUAAGAGGAUUGAAGUAUGAUGCUUAUUAGUAUAUCCAAGGUCAAAUCAUUCUUUUUGAGAAUGAAUCUGAUUGGUUCCUUCGCUUAUCUAUCCUGACAGUUAUCUGUAUUUAAAUUUGUCCAAGUUUUUUAAAUUAAGAUGAAUCAUACGGCAUUUCCUUGUGUUUCUGCAUCUGACUUUUCAAAACACAUGUAGUUAGAUAUCUGGUUGUUGUCCUACUAUAGACGUUAUAUUAUUUAUUUGUUCUUUCUUUAUAUA